CCUCUCCAUCCGUCCUCCCCGGCAGACGGAGCAGACCUCCGGGAAGGCAGCGUGGAUUUUUUCCCCCCUCCUCGCUUCUGUGUGAAUGGGAAUGAUCUACACCGGACAGGAGUGAUGGAGACUCUGCCUUCGUAGUUUCUGGAAGUUAUUUCUCACCCUGAAAAGACGGAAACUAACUGCUUCAGUCUCUCUUUGGGAUUUCUCUUUUCUUUUGGGGCUUUUUUUUUGGGGGGAUCCAAGCCCGAGCGAGAGGGCUCUUUUUUUGGGGAGAGGAGAGGUUGUUUCACCCCUCUCUCUCUCCUCCUCCUCCUCACAUUUCUGACUAACAACCCUGUGAUUUGUUUCUUAUUAUGUGAUUUUGGCUGGCUUGGAUUCUGUGGAGGAUUUUUCUCUCUUUUACGCAUUCAGAAACAGCAGGAUUUUGGGUGUUUUCUUUGCUCCGGUGGUUCCUCGGUGGUUCCUCUGUGGGACUGGAGCCGGGCAGCAUGGAGCUGCUUUGGGGUGGAUGUACUGCUGAUGUUUGGGAGGUGCUGGUGCUGAGGAGGAGAAGGAGGACAGGAGGAAUCUACCUGCUGCUGCUCUGCUGGCUGCUGAAUGCUCACACCUCAGCGCACGCCUCAGACCCCUCGCCCUCCUCGUCCUCCGCCUCUUUGGCCGGCCUCGGUGGGUUCGUUGACUUCACGUUCACCCAGGAGCCUCAGGACACGGUGACGGUGCGAGGCGGCGUGCUGCAGCUCGACUGCCAGGCGCAGUCUGACACGGUGGCGGAAACGCCGAGCAUCACGUGGCGAAAGGACGGCGUGCUGCUAAGCACGGUGGUGGACGAGAGAAGAAGGCAGUUAGCUAACGGCUCACUGCUCGUGCAGAAUGUUGUGCACUCUCGACACCACCGGCCCGACGAGGGGGAAUACCAGUGCCUCGCUACACUGGACGGAGUGGGGAGCAUCGUUAGCCGGACCGCUAAAGUGACUGUGGCCGGUCCGCUGAAGGUCGUCAUUCCCACUGAGUCCGUCUCUUCGUACCUCGGUGACACCGCCCUGCUGCUCUGCGAGGUCUCGGGCGAGCCGAACCCCGUCAUCCGCUGGCAAAAGAACCGCGAGGACCUGCCGGUGACGUUUGAGCCUGAAUCUCGUCUGGCCGUGCUGCCGUCCGGAUCGCUACAGGUCAGCCGGGUCCAGCCUCCGGACUCGGCCACGUACCGAUGCCUGGCAGACAACCCCGGCAGCACCAGGACGGGGACGGACGCCGAGCUCAGAGUGCUUCCAGAGCCCGGUGUGAGCAGGACUCUGCAGUUCCUUCAGCGUCCAUCCAGAGUGACGGUCCUCCAGGGAAGAGACGCCGUGCUGGAGUGUGCCGCGUCUGGGUACCCGACUCCGAGCAUCCAGUGGAGGAGAGGAGAGGAGCUGAUUCAGAGCUGGAAUAAGAAGUACUCUCUGCUGGCGGGCAGUAAUCUGAUCAUCAGGAGCGUCACCGACGACGACUCGGGCAGUUACAGCUGUACAGCUUCCAACAAGAACCACAACAUCACGGCACAGACGGAGCUCAGCGUGCUGGUGCCGCCUCAGUUCCUCAACUACCCGACCAACACGUAUGCCUACGAGUCCACCGACAUCGAGCUGGAGUGUGCCGUGACUGGAAAUCCUCCGCCGACCGUCCGCUGGAUAAAGAACGGAGAAGAAGUCAUCCCCAGUGACUAUUUUCAGAUAGUGGAUGGCAGUAACCUGCAGAUUCUGGGUUUAGUGAAGUCAGAUGAAGGAUUUUAUCAGUGUGUGGCGGAAAACUCAGCCGGCAGCUCGCAGGCAAUGGCUCAGCUGCUGCUCCGAGAGCCAGUGUCCCCCAGCCCAGGCGUUGCCCUCCCCUCUGCCCCCCGCGACCUGGUCCCUGUCCUAGUGUCCAGCCGAUUUGUCCGUCUCAGCUGGCGCCCCCCAGAGGAGACCGGAGGAGCCGUGCAGACCUAUGGCAUCUACUACUCCCAGGACGGGAUCGAGAGGGAGCGGUCAGUGAACGUGUCGGAGCCCGAGUCUCUCGAGCUGACGGUGUCCAACCUGAAGCCCGAGGAGAGCUACAGCUUCAGAGUCAUCGCCUACAACGACGUGGGGCCGGGAGAAAGCUCCGCCCCCCUGAGGAUCACCACCAAACCAGACCUCCAGGUCCCCAGCAGGGUGGAGUCUUUCCAGGCUGAGGCUCUGUCGCCUACCUCCGUCCAGGUGAGCUGGGAGCCUCCAGCCCAGCCUAACGGCCCCGUCCUGGGCUACAGACUGCUGUGGACCGAGAGCCCGUCUGGAAAGGAACAGAGUGUGGAGGUCUCCGGACUCAACUACAAGAUGGACGGACUCAACAAGUUCACAGAGUACACGGUUCGAGUUCUGGCGAUCAACCGCUACGGACCAGGCACCGCCUCAGAGAUCGUCAGCAUCACCACCCAAUCAGACGUACCCAGCGCUCCUCCUCAGAACAUCACCUUAGAGGUCGUCCUGUCCAGGAGCAUCAAGGUGUCAUGGCAGCCGCCUCCACCCAGCUCCCAAAACGGCCUCAUCACCGCCUACAAGAUCAAGUACAGGAAGACCGGUCGCCGUGGAGACCAAGAGGCCAUCGAACCCAACAACUUCUGGUACCUGUUCACAGGUCUAGAGAAGGGCAGUCAGUACAGUUUCCAGGUUUCAGCCAUGACAGCAAAUGGAACAGGUCCAGCCAGCGAGUGGUUCAACGCUGAGACGCCGGAGAACGACCUGGACGAGAGUCAGGUACCCGACCAGCCGAGCUCUCUGCACGUCAGGCCGCUGCCCAACAGCAUCAUCAUGUCCUGGACUCCGCCCCUCAGCCCCAACAUCCUAGUCCGAGGGUACAUCAUCGGCUACGGAGUGGGAAGUCCUUACGCCGAGACGGUCCGAGUAGACAGCAAGCAGAGAUAUUACUCCAUCGAAAACCUCGAGCCGAGCUCGCACUACGUGAUUUCCCUGAAGGCGUUCAAUAACGCUGGAGAGGGAGUUCCUCUGUAUGAGAGCGCCGUCACUCGAUCUCUGACAGACCCCAUUGACCCCUCUGAGGAUGACCUCUUCCACCUCUUUGAUAAAUACCCCACUCCCAUGCCAGACACCAGCACUCCCAUGAUCCCACCGGUAGGGGUCCAAGCAGUGGCUCUGUCCUCCGACUCGGUACGCGUCUCCUGGGCCGACAACUCCAUGACCAAGAACCAGAAGGCGUCUGAGGUCCGGUACUACUCCGUCAAGUGGAAGACCAGCUACUCCACCAGUGGAAAGUACAAGUCUGCAGACACCACAGCGCUGAGUCACACAGUCACCGGCCUCAAGCCAAACACCAUGUACGAGUUUGCUGUCAUGGUAACCAAAGGCCGCAAGUCCAGCACCUGGAGUAUGACGGCACAUGCCACAACGUAUGAAGCAGCUCCCAGUUCGGCUCCCAAAGAUUUGACAGUGAUCAGUCGCGAGGGUCGACCCCGCGCCAUUUUAAUCAGCUGGCAGCCUCCGAUGGAAGCUAACGGACGGAUAACAGGUUACAUCCUGUACUACACACUGGAUAAGAACAUGCCGAUCGAUGAUUGGGUGAUGGAGGCGAUCAGCGGCGACCGGCUGACCCAUCAGGUCGUGGAUUUGAACCUGGACACUGUUUAUUACUUCAGGAUUCAGGCCAAGAACGCCAAAGGGGUUGGCCCGCUGUCUGAGCCCAUCCACUUCAAGACUGCCAAAGUUGAACAUCCAGACAAGAUGGCCAAUGAUCAAGGUCGUGGAGGAGACCACGCCUACUGGCCGUCUGACACCAACCUGAUUGACAGGAGCAUCAAUGAGUCUCCUAUUGGUCAGAUGCGUCCUCCUCAUGGCAGCGCCACGCCUCAGAAGAACAGUAACCUGCUGGUCAUCAUCGUGGUUUCUGUGGGAGCCGUCACCGUGGUCGUGGUCGUCAUCGUGGCGCUCAUCUGCACCCGGCGCUCCUCCGCCCAGCAGAGGAAGAAGAGAGCGAGCCACAGCGCUGGUAAGCGGAAAGGCAGCCAGAAGGACCUGCGGCCUCCGGACCUCUGGAUCCACCACGAGGAGAUGGAGAUGAAGAACAUGGAGAAAGCUCCGAGUGUCGCCCCGUCAGGACACGACUCGCCCCUCCAGUCCUGCCAAGACCUCCCCCAGGUCGCACACAGCCAAUCAGAGAGCCAGAUGGGCAGCAAGAGCAGCCACUCAGGAGCCGACAAUGACGAGGCGUCCAGCAGUAUCUCCACUCUGGAUCGCUCCAUGGGUGCCAGGAGGGGCACACGAGGCAAAAUGAUGAUUCCCAUGGACUCACAGCCGAGCAACACACCGGUGGUCAGUGCCAUCCCGGUGCCGGCUCUGGACUCCUCUCAGUACCCGGGCAUCCUGCCUUCACCUUCCUGCGGCUUCACUCACAACAAGUUCAGCCUGAGACCGAUGCCUUUCCCCAGCCUGACCGUGGACAGAGGAUACACACCAGCGAUGCCUUCAGACGCCUCCACCAACCCUCUCCUCCAGCAGCAGCCUCCACCGCAGCAGCCUACACCCCUCCUGCCCGGCUCCUCGGCCUCGUCUGUGGAGCAUGUUCCCGGGGUCGGUCCGGUCCCGGGGGCCCCCGCUGCUGUCGGCGGAGCUGCAGCCGAUGAGGUCGCAGCUGGGAGCGGACGGACCAUCCCGACGGCGUGUGUGCGGCCAAGCCACCCUCUAAGAAGCUUCACCAACCCCCUGCUGCCACCACCCAUGGGGACCAUCGACCCCAAGGUGUACACGUCCAUGUUACCGCAGUCCAGUGCAAGCCUUCCAAAGCCCCAGGUGAAGACAGCGUCUUUGGGUCAGGCCAGCAAGGCUCGCUCUCCUCUGCUGCCUGUCUCAGUCCCAACGGCGCCGGACUUACCGGAGGAGGGAGGAACGAAACCGGCUGAGGAUUCAGCUGCCAACAUUUACGAGCAGGACGACCUUUCAGAGCAGAUGGCCAGUCUAGAAGGGCUGAUGAAGCAGCUUAACGCUAUCACUGGCUCCGCCUUCUAACCUCUGAUCCCAGCCCAGCCCUCAGCUAUGGUCCAGUCUUGAACCCUUCUUCAGGCCUUGAUGUCAUCUGUUGCACAUUCACGCGGGACAGCAACAGGUCAAUCUGGGUUUGAAGAUGCCUCUGGAAUCAGACCUCCAUCUGUGCUGGGUUGAGUUUGUUUGGUUUCCUCUGGUCUCGACCAGUUUUCACUGUGUGGGAGCGGGUUUGGAUAGAAGGGAAACAGAAGAUAAACACUACAGCAGCACAGCAUCAACUCUAAGAACAGGACAGAGCUGGAGGGGCUUCAUUGGGAGUUCAAAGUGAAACCCCACUGGACUCUUCAACAAACACACAACUAGACAAACCCAAUGCCUAGCGCCUUGACUAGCUGACACAGGAUGAUGGGAUUAUCACAAAAAAAGAGACAGUUAAUAGUCCCCUCCUGUUUCACUUCUCUGUGGUAUUUAUUAGCGUUCUUCUCCGCUGGGUUGUCCACAACUCAGUUACUGUGACUGUACCUCACUUCUUUUCACGACCGCUAUUGGAAAUAUUCCUUUCGUCUUUUAUUUUUCGUUUGGGUGUUCCAGCUUUGUGCAGUCAUUGAAAUUGGUUUGAAAAUGCUACCAGAGCCUGCUCCAAGACUUAGAAACCACAUUCUCAGCCACCAAAGUUUCACCGAUACUUUUUUUUUCUUACUUGGGUCUGAGGUAGUCUGUUGUGGUGACUUGGCACGAUCCUUACCGGUAUUUCCUAUUUUCCUCAAUAGCUGUCAUUUUCUUCUCUUCAACAAAUGAGUACAAUUUCACUCGAAAGAACAUGACCCACAAGUAAACCCCUGUCACCUCUGGAUCCUGAGUUUGAAAGAAACAAAAAGGGAUUACAUUUUUUUUUUUUUUGCCGGACAGAACAAAGUGUGAGGACCUACUGGACCAGUCUGAACAAUAUGGAUCUGAAUCCAGCUGACUCUGCUCUUACAGGACUGUACAGAAACCUCCUUAGACUCCGGCAGUCUGUUGCUGCUCUUGACCAAGCCUUUACUCGCCCUUUCCCAUAUGAACUUGAAUCUUUGCCAACAAGGACUUGCAUCGUUGCCAAAUUCCCAUCCUUGGAAACUAAUUGUAAUCGUCAUUAUUUUUAUAGUCCUUGUUCAAGUCAGUCUUAACCCCAAAACAUGGGAUUGAAGUCAGCAAAAGCAUCAUCUGAGUGGAACAAAUGUUACAAAAAAAUCUGGAUUUGGGAGGACCCAUCUCAUCCCGGAAGGAUAAAGUUAGGAUUUGGUACGUAGUGAUUGAUCCUUUUGACAAACUAGACCGAUUUUGGUCUGAAGUUAGCUGGUAGCACUGUAGGUAUGAAACGUUGAGUCGUCUGAGCACUCAACAUCAGUCUCAGAAAUGGAGGUAUCUAGUGAGGUCUGUGCUUGAUUGCUUCUUGGGUACCUGCCAGAUGUGUUCGGAAAAAAACAAAAACAUUACCCUCGUGGAAGCAAGAUUGAUACUACAAAUUAUAAGGAGCAAAAAAUUUAAAUGAAAAUUAAAGCAGUUAAUUGUCCAACAUUUACACCAAAUUCUGGAGAGCAAAUUCUAGCGCUCUUGCUACCAUGGUAACAGAUUUGGCAGUAUCGAAAUGAAAAAACAACUGGGUCAUGGAUCAAGCUUUGAUUAUAAUUACUGGGAUAAGAGAUGGUAGUGGGUGGCAGAUGAUGAUGAUACUGAGAAUGAUUUCUACCAUUAUUUAUUUUUUCACCUGCGUGUUCAGUACGUGUUUGACUGAAGGUGUGUGUGUUGUAGUUGGACUAACUUUUGAGGAAUCCAUGUUUAUUUUCUCUAAGACACACAUGUACCUCCGUCAACCCGGAUCUCCCACAUGGGAUGUUUGCAAAACCGCCACCUACACUGAGUUUACUUGAGGAUGUUUAUACAAAAAAAAAGGAAGAAAAACAACUUAAACUUGACAAAAAAAACUACAUAUGCUGCAAAGUAUAUUUUUACAUCUGCUGUUUGUUCAAAUUUAGUUUUUUUAAUUGAGUUAUUUUUAAAACACGUUUCUACAGAACUUCUCUGAAGGUCAUGAGCCACCAUGAACAUUUAAAACCCCACAGCCUUUGAACACAUGAAACGAAACAAUGUUUGAUUCAAACAACAUUUAAGUCCGGUAUUAACUGCUAUGAAGCAACUCUUUUGUGCCACUUUUACUUGACUUACUUUUAAAAAACAGAGGGAAUGGUUUGCAGAAAUGAUAUGAAGCCUGCAGCUUUUUGGUUUCAUGAUAUUAAAACACAAGGCCAACAUGUCAUAGAGCAUCUGCAAAUAAACUGGAUUGGACACAGCAGGAAGAGACAAUGGGGGAGAAUUGGUGUGAGAAUGAAGAGGAUGUUAAGGAAGGCUUCAUUUUUGUUUUAUCUUCUUUAGAGGCGUGUCCAGACAUUUAUGAACCUGGUGGCCCAACUCAGGGGUAGCAUGAAGUUGUUGUAAACAUACAAAACAGUAAUUUAACUUCUCAAUCUCCACUUGUCAUAUCUACGUUUAAGUAACAAUUGAGAAUGGCAACAUAUAUGUAAUCUUAGUUGAAUUCUUUAAGAAUUUUGCGUACUUAGAAGUGUGCAUGUAAACUCGCUGCACAACAUCUGACCUCCAAAACAAAAUAUGUUUCUGUACCAAGACAUGCAAGUUAGACAGUGUGCAGUGAGUUUCCAUGCAAAUUGACUCAUUCAUUUUGAGAAAAUAUGCUACAUUGAUGUGCUACAGCUACAAGUAGCCUGUUGCAACACAGCCUGGAUUUUUGAUUGCCUCUGUCAAGGAAAUUAACCAAACAAAGUUCAAGAUUUUAGAGUGGCACCUUGGGUGGCCAACCAGAUUUCAAGGGGGGCACAUUCCACCCGUCUGGAUACGCCUCUGUUCUUAAAGAAAACAUCUUGAGACAAAAUAGAUUAGUGAGACGUUGAGGUAUAGCAGAAUGAGCAUGGUGAGCAUGAGAGUCAUCAAAUCGGGUUUCAGGAUAAUUAAUGGUAAAAGAUCAUAUUUUCAUACCAAUGCAGCAACCCAUUAUCAAAGUAUGAGUGCUCAAUUAAGCACAUUUCUAAAAUCCAGAAGGAUAGAUAUGUUAAAAAAUGUACUUUACAUUUGAGGUAUAAGGCAGAAAUGUGACUGAACAGGUUUUGCCGUUGGAUAUUUUUUAGAGUGUGCAUAAAAGCCAGGAACUUAAAAUGACAAAUGAUUCAUUAAUCAGCUAAGGGGAAAAAACAGGCCAUCAGUAUGCUCCAUAUUUGACUGUGUCACCCAAGUCACCAUAUUGUAAUUUUCAGACCUUUAUCUUUCUGUGAUGAAAGGAGAAAAGCCCGAGGGAGGCAGAGAGAGGGGAGGCAGAGGAGGUGAAUUGAUAUUCAGAGGUGGUUUGUAUGUGCGCGAGAGGGCACAGAGGAAUGAGGCCCGGAAUUCAUUAUAAAGCCGUUUCAAAUAUUAUGAUUCAAGCUCACGCUCGCUGGGUCGUUACAGCGGUGGGGAAAAGUCGCAGGGACGGAGGGGAUGGAAAGGUAACGUCUCUGUAGAACGAGCACAGGGAUGAAAGGUGAGGGAAUGCAGGCGGGCCGGCGGAGUGGGGAUCAAACUCAUCAGCUUUUUCUGGGAGAUACAUCCAGUCCUAGCCGAGUGCUUUCAUUCAGCUGAAAGCCGCACUUCUUCUCCUUCGUCGGAGAGCAAAGACAGAUGGAAUAAUCCAACUCAGCCAAGCGAGACUGAAAUUAGAUUUUCAGAAAGAAAAUCCGAUUUGAACAUUUAAUGCCAAGAUACAUGUUGACAGAAGACAUGUUUCCUUUUGACUGUCAAAGAGUUAAGCUGAUGAAAUCACAGUUUAAUAUAAACUGUAAUAUAUCAUUUAAGAGCUACUUUUUCUAAAUCAUCUAUUCGUUUUUCAAUUGAUUCCCCUGGCAGCCAUUUAUUUUGAUGAUUUAUAUCAAAUUGACUUGCAAAGACUUCAAACUCACCCUGGAUCCAGACCACCCACAUCCCAAUUUAUUGGUCGGAUUAAGAGUGACUACAUCUGCAGAGCCAAAAAUGUAAUGUUGACAGGCGUGUAUGAGAUAAACUCAACCAUACACAUUCAACAAUCUUUUGACGACUUCAAACACCUAAGAUUUCUGCUCCUAGCGAUCAUUAAGUUAACAGAUGUGUCACUUUCCUCUGAUUGGGUCGGCCAAGCAGCACAGCAUUUAAAGAAAUGUAGACUCAUAACUUCCUGCGGAUUUAAUCCAACAUAUGCAACAUUUAGGCAACAUCAUCAUCAACUGACAGGAGCAACUAUUCUGUCAUUUGGGUUUGAGGUUGGUCUGACUUCUGAGAUUGAAGAGUUGGCUACUCAACCAAUAGAUCUGAACCUUUGAGCUCUUUAAGUUACAUCAUCUUGUUGCCUCCUCUCUUCUGCAGAGGUUUCAUCACACCUGGUUUUGAGAAUUAGAGCCCUCAACUUCUUAUCCCAAUGCUACGAAGCACACAAACCAAUAAAUAUCAAUUAUUAACCUUAAUGGUCGGUUUUGACAUAAGUCCCGACUCGGACAGGGCAAAUAGCCAAUAAGAGUUUAGAAUUUUGGGGUAGACACCUGAGGUGGCCAAUCAGAUUUCAAGGGGGGCCCAUGCCACCCUUCGGGACAUGCCCCUGUUCAGUUGGUUAAGGACAUGCUUUGAGUUCUUUGUGGUCCAAUAUGUUCCUCCAACUGAGUCUUGAGUACCUCUUGGUUGAAAUUAAAUACUCAUCCUGAUUGGAAAAAGUUCAAUAUGUCUUUUCCCAGAGCAUACUCUGUUUCUCUUUUUGGGUCCAAGAUGUGGUAUGUGAAAACUCUUAAUUUAAAGUUCCUGCAAGUUGAUUUUGAUAGACUGAAUUGAAAGUUGCUGCCUGAAAAGAAGGAAUCUUUUUUUAAACGUGGAAGAUUUGGAAAAUUAUCAGAAGUAUGCAGUAUGGUGUGCUCAAACAUGAAUGGCACCAAUUCAAUUUGGUCCAGUUUAUUCCGGAGAUUUGAUGAUGGUCACAUUGAGAUAUCAGCCAGGCAUUUUCAUCCCUGCUUCAGAAUUGGCUGAUUUAAUUGGUUAUUGGAAUCAGUACAAUAGGUUGAUUGCAAAUGGCCCCCAAAAAGAAAUUGGCUCAGCGGACAAAUAUCUGGAAACACAGAUGUUGGCAACCAUUGCAGAUCAUCAAAACUAUUCGGUUAGGUCUAAUAAAAGUCAUGGUUCAAUAAAAGAUAACUUAAACUGGUUUCAUCUGCUGGGUAAAAAUCUUGUGCUUGACCAACACACCAACCCCCCCUAACGUUCUCCAUUGGCGGACUUUCUUGCUCUUUAUGCUACAUUCCCAGACUUCUUGUUUUGCUAUCAUCAUGCAUAUGUCAGCAUUGGUUAAAAAGCAUACAAAAAAGCGUAAACAGACAACUAUUAAAUCCACACUUUUGGAAAGUUGCUCCGCUAAUUGUACUGGUAUCUUCUAUUUAUCUGAACAGAGAAUUCAUCAUCACUUAUGAAUGAAAAACCCAAGGUAUGUUCCUGUUCCUGAAUGGUCAUAAACACCAGCUGACAGUCUCUGAAACACAAAGUGUCAAACAUUUUAUUCAUCAUGUUUCAUCAGUUUUUCAGUUUUUGUUGCCGUCGAGAUAAAUAAGACAUCCUACGUGCCUUUACUUUUCACCGUUCAAUAUUUGUUCUUCCUCUGUGUUUAGUCAUUUUGUUUGAAGUCUUUGUGAAGUGUUAAAAUGUGCUCGUGUGAUGUUAAUUUGUCCGUCCUCACAGAGGGAACAGCCCGUUCUCCUAAAGGUUUUUUAGUCUUUAAACAGAGAGGACUCUUUUUUUAACUUCAGUAUCUGCAACAUUUCAGGUGCUGUCUGUUCAAAGACACAUCAGAUAUGAUAAAUCCAGUGAUGAUAAGCAUCGCUCUGACGCUGAAAGAUGAACAAUCGGUUCCACAAAACUACCAAUGUGUCCAUCAAAAUGUCUUUAAGUGAGAUGUUGAAUUCCCCACCCGCUCUUUGAGUGACA